AUGCCCUUUUCGUCUCCAUCUCCUUCUGGAGGCGGCGACUCGUCCAUAAGCUCUCCGGAUACCAGAUUGACAGCGCCAUCACCCAAUGAUGCAAUCAAACGCGACGUGUCAUCUAUCAGAAGUAAUAGUGACAUUGAAGACAAUGGCCUCCACAGAGACAAGCAAAUGGUUCACCGCAGACCGAAUGAACAGCGUGAACGUGAGAAAGACCCAUUCGUAACACCAGGCCGAGCUUCGAAGAGUGGACUGUCUCCGACUGCUUCUGCAUUCAGCCCAUUCCAUAUUUUGACGGACAGUCUCACUUAUCCAGAGAUACACGUACCGGUCAAUAUGCUCAGUCAGAGCAUGGGAAUGUCCAGAUGGCUGAAGAUAAUCGCAGAGCGACCUCUCACUCCACAGGAGGUCAAUGGGUGGCUUCAAGAUCUUGAGAAGAGCUCAAGAGUCUUCCACGGAGCUAGGAGAAUUAUCGAAAGAAAUGGUAUCGUGGGAAUCUUCUUCGAGGACAUCAGAGAUGCAUGGCUAUUCCAAAAUCAGACCAGCUCUUCCAACUUUGACUGGCAAGUCACCCAUGAUGCCUCGGCCGAUUUGUAUCCCUUGCCUCGAGAUAGUGGCCAGUUAGUGGUCUUGGCUACGGUGCCACCGGGGUCAACAACCAGUGCAGAGCAAGUCGUCACAGAAGUUAUGACGAACCUUAGAGUCCACGGCGAAAUAUUUGCAUUUGAAAAGAAAAUGACCUAUCUGGAUGGGUCUUUCAGAGGUAUUGUUGAGUAUUGUGAUGUUGUGGCGGCCAAAACCGCGCUCACUCAAGCGCCAACGUCAGAAGGACAGAGUGGAAUAAGGAUUGUCAUUGCACCAUAUCAGGAGGAAGAGUCGAUGCCAACUGGUGGUGCGCGAAACUGCGACACUAUUCGCAUCUCCAAUCCAAACGCUAGCUGGGAGUACGGGCUCGUCAGCUCCAAACAGAACUCGAUACCUCAGACUAACCUUUGCCUGAAUACAUCCCUUGCAAUGUAUCCGGUAAUUGCACAGCCCUCUUAUACGCCAAGUUUCCCAUAUCUGGUAAACUCCUUCAUCACCAGUGCGUCAGGCGCCGGAGUGGCGCCGUUGUCAACACCCAUUUCGCCGUCCUAUCAGAGAGUUUCAGCAGCUUAUCGGAAGCCUCCAUCUCCAGCCCUCACUGUGCAAAACGGGUUUAGUCCAUCGAGAUCCAACCCAGCCUACGGUAGAUUAUAUCGGCGGCAACACGCUGCGCGAGUAAACAGAAACUCCUUCCAAAGUCCGAGCAGCCACCACAACCAUGUGGACGUGCAUCGGAUCAGAGAAGGAAUCGAUGUUCGAACAACGAUUAUGUUGCGCAAUAUACCGAAUAAAGUAGACCAAGCAAUGCUCAAGCGAAUUGUCGACGAGUCCAGCUGGGGCAAAUAUGAUUUCAUGUAUCUCCGUAUAGACUUUGCAAACGACUGCAAUGUUGGAUACGCGUUCAUUAACUUUGUAGAUCUCUACUUUACCUCAAAUGGUCCCAUGCCGGAAAUGGCUGGCCAGGAAGAGCAAUUCCCCGAGCCGGAUAACCAAUCUAAAAUGAAGCGCAGUUGCGAAAAUGCUGAGCACGUCGGACUAUUCACACCAAAUGCUGGACAGCACUUUCGUGACGAGCAGCGUCGUAGACGCUCGCAGUAUGAUCGAGGAACCCGUUUGGCCGCUCUUGAAGAAUACGACUUGGAGGCCAUACAGCAUCUUUACAUUGGGAGUGAGAGACCGGAAUAG